AUGGAACCUCAAACUACCGACACUCUUCCCCGCCCAAGAUUGAUCCUUACCAUCGGCAACUCUCACAUCGUCUCUCCCGAUCUCGAUUCCGGUGUGAGGCCAGUGUCCAAGUUUUCUGACGAUGACGUUUCGCCAUCUACCCCGGCAGAUGACGAGUGUAUGAGUGCAUUCGACAAAGAAGGGGAGGACGAAAUCUCUGCACUCAGUAGUCCAACGCCAUCCAAUCACUCACACCCCUCCUCUACUUCCGCUACCGAUAAUCUCAACACGACAUACCCCCAGCCGUCUGACAGACAAGUGGGCCGCCCCUUACGGAACGCCGCCGCAAUGGCGAGAGCCCGAGUCUCGAGUUCCGUCCAACUCAAACGCCCAUCUCCUUAUCUCAAGAAUGAGAGAUCAACUCCUGUCCUUAAGACUCAGUCCCGUACCCGUGCCCGUAAGCGGGAUACCUCAGCUGGAACUCCCGCACUUGAUUGUCGCAUGCGACGACGGCCGGUUGACCCUAUUGGCCAGAUGAUCUUUCUGCAAGGACCGGUGCCAGUCAUGCCAACGGUGCAGGAACCAAAAACAGAGGGAAAGGGGACGUGGAUGAGCUCGUGUGAGCGUGCAUGGAGAGCUUUGGAAGGAACCAAAGGUCUCGGUUUGAAAGAUGGAGCUUGGAAGGCGUGUAUGGCAUAUGACGAAAAUGGAGAGGCUCAUCAACCCAACCUGACGUUUGAUCUCAAGCUCCGUUUGGCUAUAGCGUCAAGUCCAAGGAAGAGACUCACAUUAUCACAAAUUCGACAAGUGUUUCUCGAACGUUGGCCGUACUUCAAGGCUGACAGCAAAUGGGAGAGGACGAUUCGACAUGUACUAACCACCACGCAUCAUUUCUGCAAAGUUCCCGGAGAGGAAGGGGAGAACAUCAGAGGAAAUUAUUGGACUGUGUGCACCCAUAUACCCCUCUGCAAGAAACCGGAUAAGCAUAUGAAACCUUUCGUGGAAUUCUCGGCUGCUUCUAAUCUCCCAUCGCAUGCUGCAAAUGGCACUGGAAAGAUGGAAGAUUUGUCCUCUGAUCCCUCAUCUUCAUCUGCGCUUCCUCAUCCUCAACCUGGAGAUCGUAUGAGACAUGAAACAUUCUCGUCUGGGCGGAAGGACACUCCUGGUCCGUCAAAUCUUGUCUCUACUCCUCGACCCGCGAGCAGUGGGGAGCGAUCACCCAAUGAUCCAACCAAAGAAUGGCCACCUUCAACAUUUACCCCUCGAUCCCCAGCGGGUAAAAGUUGGCAUCCCCAAUCAGCCUUCUCUCGUUCGGCUUAUCGCAUGUCAUAUCCCCCGCCAACUCAUCAUCAACCAAGGGAACAGUCGUCAAUGGCUACCAUCGGUACUCUGCGCCCGUACGUGGUCAACACCUACACCGGCGAACUUUCAAACUCGCAUAGGCGGGCGUCAGAAGGUAGCAACCAGACCAGCUGGAACGUGUAUCCGACUCCCGGGCCCUCGCAUCCAGUCACUCCUUCAACCGCGCCGCAAUCCCUACCUUCUUGGCAAUCUAUCUAUCCGCAUGACCGCAUGAGGCAAUCUGUUCCUCAAUAUGAGGGGAGAAAAGGCAGCUUGAGCACUUACUCUGAGCCGACGCCGGCGAGGCAGGCGGGGACGAGAUUAGGAGCUGCAGAACAGAGAAGCGCCGAUGCGUCCCCGUGGAGUCGGUUUAACGGACGGAACUCGAUUUGA